GAAGCGGAGGACCGGUAGGCCUAGUUUCCAGGCCGCGGUCGCAGUGGCGAGGCAUGGAGCCUCUGCGUGUCUUGGAGCUGUAUAGUGGCAUUGGUGGCAUGCACCACGCGCUGCGAGAAAGCUGUAUCCCCGCUCACGUGGUGGCUGCUAUUGAUGUGAAUACUGUUGCUAAUGAAGUAUACAAGCAUAAUUUUCCUCACACACAAUUACUGGCAAAGACUAUCGAAGGUAUUUCACUGGAAGAGUUUGACAAGCUAUCUUUCAAUAUGAUUGUAAUGAGCCCUCCCUGUCAGCCAUUCACAAGAAUUGGCCUACAAGGGGAUAUGACUGAUCCAAGGACAAAUAGCUUCUUGUACAUUCUAGAUAUUCUCCCAAGAUUACAAAAAUUACCCAGGUAUAUUCUUCUAGAAAAUGUUAAAGGUUUUGAAGUAUCAUCUACAAGAGAGCUGCUGAUACAAACGAUGGAAGCCUGUGGUUUUCAGCAUCAGGAGUUUCUGUUAUCUCCGUCCUCUCUUGGUAUUCCAAACUCGAGGCUACGAUAUUUUCUCAUUGCAAAGCUUCAGUCAGAGCCUUUACCUUUUCAGGUCCCUGGUCAGAUACUGAUGGAGUUUCCUAAAAGUGCGACUAUACAGCCACAAAACUGUUCCGUAGUUGCAGAAAAUAAGCUACUAGCGGAGAGUCCUGAACCAAGCACCUGCUUUGAUAGCAGCAGCACACAGUGUUCAGGAAAAGAUACCAUUCUUUUUAAGCUUGAAACUGCAGAAGAAAUCGACAGGAAGCACCAGCAGGACAGUGACCUCUCUGUGCAGAUGCUGAAAGAGUUUCUUGAAGAUGUUGACCCAAGCCAGUACUUUUUACCACCAAAGUUGUUGCUGCGAUACGCUCUUCUACUAGAUAUUGUUAAGCCCACCUCCAGAAGGUCCAUGUGCUUUACCAAAGGGUAUGGAAGCUACAUUGAAGGGACAGGCUCAGUGUUACAGACUGCAGAGGAUGUUCAGAUUGAGAAUGUCUUCAAAUCUCUUAAUAAUUUGCCCCCGGAAGAAAAGAUAGCUAAGUUGUCAACGCUCAAACUGCGAUAUUUCACGCCUAGAGAAAUUGCGAAUCUGCAGGGAUUUCCUCCAGAAUUUGAGUUUCCCGAGAAGAUAACAGUGAAGCAGCGGUACCGGCUUCUUGGCAACAGUCUCAAUGUGCAUGUGGUGGCCAAACUCCUCACAGUCCUGUGUGAAUCAUUUGGAAGUACCUCCAAUUCUAGACAGUGAUUCUAAAAUUCUAUUUUAAGCAAAUUUGUAUAAAAUUUAAAUUAGCUUCAUAGCAUUUUAAUUGGAAAUUUAUGUAAUGCAUGUCAAAUUGUUUUCUUAAAUUUAUAUCACCAUAUCCCCAAAACUUCACUUUGUUGUUUUGCCCUAUGGGCAAAUAUUUUUAUAAAGUUUUUAAGUAUGUGUAUGAAAUAUGUUUCACAUGCUGCAAACUAAAGAUAUUUAAACUUUUAUAUCUAUUUUAGUACUUUAUAUAGUAUGGCAUGAAUAAUAUAAUGAUCUUUAGAAAAUCAUUUUUGUAUGUUAAUUUUCAAGUUGUUUUAUGUAACAUGGAGAAACCAAGUGUACCUGGAAGCAUCAUCCCUUCUGACUAGAUUCCAUAGUGUUAGAAGGUGCUGUGCAUUGCUAUGGAAGGGAGAGAUCACCAUUCUUAACCAGCUGGGAACCCUGGGAGCUGCAGUGAUGACUGCCCUGUUAGGGUAUGUCCACGAGUGCUAUGGGAACAACCAGCUGCUCUCCGAGUUGAUUUAAGGCCUGAUCAAUGAGAUGGAACCCAUGCCUGGCACUGUUAUCUGGCUCAGCACCCUAUGGCUAGAUAGGUCAUGGAACCUAGGGGUAAUCUACCACCAUUAUUCUGCUAAAUGGGCAUAGUAUUAAGUCAUUCCUGAUGGUUUAUUAUUAUAGAUUAGUGUUGCCCUCAAUACAGGGAAUAUGCUUCUUUUAGUAGAUGGCAAUAUAGAAACUCGAAACUGCUUACCGUGCAGAGACUGAAAGACUGUGGGGAGCUCAGUACCAAGUGGGACAUAGCACCUCCUUCCUGCCAAGGUUCAGGGAUCCCUGCAGAAGGGGGAGCAGAAAGACUGUAAGACCCAGAGGUGGUUUAAGAAACCAGUGUUUCCAGGCAGAGCAAGACAGCUGUACAUAUGAACUCAUAGCCAUUGUGACAGCAAGCACAAAGCCUGCAUGAGCUGAAAUCCGCACAGGACCCCAGCACGAAGAGUGUGGAGAGUGCCAAAGUGGAUAUUGAGUCCCACGCUAGCUGAGAAGCUACCUGCAGUUGAUAGCUGCUGGGAGAGAGGCCAUUUUCCUCAAGGGUGUGGUUGCUGGUACGUGGUUCACACUCCUGGCAGGCUUAUACUCAAGAAUGUCGGAGCAACACAAUUGGACUUGAUUGUUUUGUUUUGCUUCUCCACCCCCAUUCCCCCCCCACACACACACAGAGUUUCUCUGUGUAACAG